AUGAGUUUUUUUACCAGUCUUGCCCAAAAGGCUUAUGAUGUGGCUGGAAACAUAUCCGGUGGACGAGAUUAUGUAACAUCAGCUGCUAAUGCGUUAAAUCAAGUGGUGAAAGGAAAAGAUCCGCAAGUCUAUCUUAAGGCCGGGAAUAUCGUUCAAUUUAUCUCACGUUCCUCGGAGCGAACCAUUCAAAUAGUUAUGUCGAAUAUGAAUAACAAACUCGUGCCAGACGCCGCUGGUGGAAAAGGACCUUAUUAUCAAAAUUCUCAUUUUCGCGUUGUCGCCUCACAAUAUGAUCGAUAUUAUUUUCAUAAUAACUACAACUAUCUUGGAUUUAAAAAUCAUCAACCGUGUAUUGUACCUUCUUCAGCUGAAGCUCCACUACCGUAUGAAUGUGAAUUUCGAGUUCAUAAUAUGUUAGGUAGUACAACGCAUAUAUAUUUGGAAUCUGUUCAAUCUCCCGGAUUUUUUCUUAGUUUCAAUCAAAAUGGAACAAUUAGUAACGAAGCAACAUGCCAACUCAAAAAUAAAAAUUCACAAUUUCAAGUUGCAUUAAUUGUUUCUGGACCUGAAGCUACGCUUGUGAACAGUACUACUAUGAUAGACACUUCAAAUGAACAACCGCCCCCGCCGUAUCAUGUGGCUACAGCAAUGCUGCAACAAAUGGCUGAUGAUACAACAAAGAAUGAUCGUUCAUCUCUAUCAAAUAAAUACUAA